GAACCAUCGCACACGUUCACCCGUUUCCACACGGAACUGUUAUUGUGUGUGACGCGUUAACGCUGCGCUACUGCCACUACAUGCGAAUUAUGAUCAGUCCCAAACUUUCAGACAGUCAUCGAUUAUUGGAUAUUCACAGUAUUUCGUAUACUUUUUAGAUUAUGAAUUUCUUCCGCAACCGUCUGGUGGUUUUGGGGCUGGUGUUGCUGGCCACAGUGCUGCUGUAUCUGCUGCUGCCCUCCAUGCGGCAGGGGAGCAUGGAGCCGUCUCUGGAGGUGCAGCAGCGGAUGGGCCUGAUCGCCGCCUCUCCUCCGCCGCCGCCGCCGCCAAACAGCGUCAACAUCACGGUCAGGACCGGACAGCUGCCCGGGGACCCGCCGCUCUUCUUCAGGGAGGCUCUGCCUGUGGACAGCGCUGGGCGACAGAUAGUGCCCAGGCUGCAGUUGGUGCUUCUUCAUGGUCAGGCCUUCACCUCUAAAACUUGGGAGGAGUUGGGCACCCUCAGCCUGCUGGCUUCCAAUGGGUACCAGGCCCUCGCUCUCGACCUGCCCGGUUUUGGGAAUUCUCCGGACUCAGAGUCGGUAAAGUCGGAUCAGAGCCGCGUGGACCUGCUGAAGCGUUUUCUGGAGUCUCUGGGCGUGCGAGCACCGGUGUUACUGAGCCCGUCUAUGAGCGGCCAUUACGCCCUGCCGUUCCUCCAGAAACACAGCGCCCAGCUGCACGGCUUUGUGCCCAUCGCCCCCGUGGGUACCCGCGGCAUCACGCCACAGCAGUACCGCGACAUCCAGACUCCUACACUGGUCAUAUAUGGAGAGUUAGACACCAAUCUGGGCGCCCAAUCCCAUAAGAACCUGAUUCAGCUGCCUCAUCACACCGUGGUGAAGUUGGCAGGAGCGCGACAUGCCUGUUACAUGGACAAACCCCGCGAGUUCCACCGUGCUCUGCUCGACUUCCUAAGCAAACUUGAAUGAGGGACCUAGAGAGUGAGAACGGGUCAUACAAACAUGUGAAAAAGACUUUGGAAGAGACUGCGUGAAGAAAAAGACAAGAAAAUGAUGAACAGGACUGCGGUGUAGCUGUAAAACCAGUCCUGAAACGUAACGCACACCUGAACGUUCUAUCAGCCAUCCACAUCUGCUCACUCCUUAUAAUUUCCCUGCGUGCACCAUCAAGAGAUGAGAUAUUAUAAUACAUCAAACUAACAAAUCUUCUGCAGAGUUACUAUAGUAACGCUUCUUUUGUAGAUUGUAAACAUCCUUUUAUUUGACACUUUUGACACUGUUGCAUGUAAUGGCCCGUCUGAACGUUGUUACAUUUUCCAGGCUGAGGGUUGUUCUGUAAUGCUGUUCCCAGGAUUUCCAGUCUGAGGAAUGUUCCUGUAACAACACAAUAGCCAUGGUUUCCAGUCUGAGAGUUAUUCGUAACACUGUUGCCAUGGUUUCCUUUUUGAGAGUUGUUCUGUAACGCUGUUGCCAGGGAUGUUCCUGUAACACAAUUGCCAUGGUUUGCAGUCUGAGGGAUGUUCUGUAACGCUGUUGCCAUGGUUUCUGGUCUAAGAGUUAUUCCGUAAUGCUGUUGCCAUGAUAUCCUUUUAGAGAGUUGUUCUGUAACGCUGUUGCCAGGGAUGUUCCUGUAACAUAAUUGCCAUGGUUUCCAAUCUGAGUUAUUCCAUAAAGCUGUUGCCAUGGUUUCUGGUCUGACAGAUGUUCCUGUAACAUAGUUACAAUGGUUUUCUUUCUGAGAGUUGUUCUGUAACUCUGUUGCCAGGGAUGUUCCUGUAACACAAUUGCCAUGGUUUCCAGUCUGAGGGAUGUUCUGUAACGCUGUUGCCAUGGUUUCUGGUCUGACAGAUGUUCCUGUAACAUAGUUACAAUGGUUUUCUUUCUGAGAGUUGCUCUGUAACUCUGUUGCCAGGGAUGUUCCUGUAACACAAUUGCCAUGGUUUCCAAUCUGAGAGAUAUUCCAUAAUGCUGUUGCUAUGGUUUCAGGUCUGACAAAUUUUCCUGUAACAUAGUUACCAUGGUUUCCUUUCUGAGAGUUGCUCUGUAAUUCUGUUGCCAGGGAUGUUAGUGUAACAUAAUUGCCAUGGUUUCCAAUCUGAGUUAUUCCAUAAAGCUGUUGCCAUGGUUUCUGAUCUGACACAUUUACCUGUAACAUAGUUUCCAGUCUGAGAAUUAUUCUUUAAUGUAAUUGCCAUAGUUUCCAUUCUGAGAGUUGUUCUGUAACGGAUUUGUCAUGGUUUCUUAUCUUUGGGUUGUUCCCGUAAAAUGGUUGCCAUGGUUUCCAACCUGAGAAAUGUUCCUGUAACUAAUUUGCCAUGGUUUUCUUUCUGAGGGAUGUUCCUGUAACAAAAUUGCCAUGGUUUCCAGUCUGAGAGUUAUUCUGUAAUGCUGUUGCUAUGGUUUACAGUCUGAAGCACGUUCCUGUAAUUCAGUUGCCACGGCUUUCUUUCUGAGGGAUGCACAUUUAACACAAUUGCCAUGGUUUCCAGACUGACAGUUGUACCUAUAACACAGUUGCCAUGGUUUCUAGUCUGACAGUUGCUUUCAAUAACAUAGUUGCCAUGGUUUCCAUUCUGAGGAUUGUUCUUGUAACACAGGUGCCAUGUUUUUUGGUCUUUGCUGUUCCUAUAAUACAAAAUUCAUGGUUUCCUCUAUGAGGGUUGUUUUUCUAAUACCAUUGUCAUGGUUUUCUGUAACAACAAGAGUCACAUAAUGCCAAAAAUCAGUGUCAUGACUGUCAUAACCCUCGGAUACACUUGACAUGUAACUGAAUUCAUCAAUCCUACAAGAACAUCUCAGAGAAGAAAACGGCAUUUCUCAUUUUUGGCACGUAUUGGUUUGCCGUAUCAUCAUGUGAAAUCAUGCAGAGUGUUCACACCAGCAGUUGGCGCAUACAUACAUAAUGUAGCAUGUCAAUGUGUGAAUGGCUCAACACAUGGUUUUAGAAGUGCAAAAAUAAGAGAGAUAAGUUGCAGCAUUGGACGCCUGUCAUGCCUGUAAAUUCAGUUUUUCGUUAUUAGUAGUUGUCAGACUCCUACUGGCAGUAGAUUAUUUCUUGCAAUAAAUAGAACAUUUCCUGAGACUGCAGAGAAAAAAAAGUUCAUUACAUUACCACACCUAAAAAUGGAGGUGUUCAUUACAUAUUUAUUAUUUAUUUCUUAAAGCUUCUACAUGAUAGAAACUGUAAUGUGUGUGGUAUUUAUGUGCUGUGGUCUUUUGUUUUGUUUGUUUAUAGCUUGUAAAUAUGAAUAUGUUUUAGAGGACUGUGAGGCACCUCUGCCCUGUAAAUAUUUCCAACAUCACGAAUCUUCAACCUGAAGGGAUCUGUCAUUGGGACUGAAUUCAUAUUCUGGUGUGCAUGGUACUGCAGAGUCAUGAAACAUGCUUUUCAAUGCAAAAUAAAGUUCAUUAACAUUAA